AUGGCCACGACAUCCCACCCCCACCCGCAGCAACCUAGCGCUGCCUCGCGUUCUGCGCCAAAGCGCGCGCAGAAGCCCCAACCUCCGCACCUAAAUUCGGGCUCGCUGCAGAACUACACUUCCCAGGAGGCAAAAGAGCCGAGCGCAUGCGCGCUUCCCGUCUCCAGCAUGGCUACGGUGCUGUCACGGGCGCUGAAGCUGCCAGGUAGGGGGUCUGGGCUCGCCGCGUGGGGAAGCGGCAGGGGGCGAGGCUGGCAGCCCCCGGCGCACGGACUUGCCGAGGCGCCCCCAGCUCCGCGCUUCGUCAUGGGGAGAGAGCAUCCGGGUCCCACCUAGGAAAGGCACCCUCGCCUCCCCCCCUCCCUCGCCGCCCUUUUGCAUCCGGGUCUCAGCAGGUGCUCCUCAUCUCUGGCCCCAAAGGCGCGCGGAGGGGGGUGAAAGCUGCGCGGGUUGGGAGGUCGGGGAUGCGAUGCGAAAGGUGGGGAGUGGCGGGAGGGGGUCGUGAUGAUGAAGCGCGCCUCCAGCUGCUCCUGGGGGAGGAAAGGGCGAAGGGAGGGGGUCGACUUGGGGUGGAAGAAGAAGAGGGAUUACUGGUCCCAGGAUGGGUGGGGGAUGAUGGGGAAACUGUGUGAGUCAAAUUGGUGUUGUUCUGCUGCCAAGGAAGAGAAAUGGGAAUGAGGUCGAAGCAGUCCUCUACGCUCCCCAAGGCUCCCCAGCGGUAAACCUUCGGUUUGCAUCGAAGUAUCAGCCUCCACUUUUAUUUUUAUUUUUUUUAAGUUGACAUUUCACCAUGAAUUACAUCUGUCUGAGAGUUAGACACGACCUACGUCUGGAGGAGGAAAAGAUAACAAGGACUCGAACCCAGUACUGGUUUGAGCAGUGCUGAAUGGGUUGCAGCUGACCUAAGUAUCAGGCUUUGGCAUCCUUUUCUUUAACUUCAGGAUGUUUGCCUGUAAUUAAACUGCUAUUUUAAGCUCUUCAUAGCUGAGCCAGGCAGCUCAUUGUGCCACGUACAAAGGUUAAUUAAUAAUACUUUUUUUGCAUCUUGGUGUAUGUUGCCCAGUGGGUUUUUUUCCUGCUCCUGUCAGACCGAUUAACCUGUUUGUCGUCUUCUGCAUUUUAAUUGGUGCAAUGUACUGACAAUGAGUUGAGUCUAAGCUAAGUUCAUUAUAUCGACAGAGCAAGUCAGUCAUAACUAAAAGAGAUGUCCCUUUGAUUGCAGGAAAAAAUCAGUGCAAUUAAUUUAGGCUGGAUUCAACCAAAUUGCUUUAAGUUAAUUGAGCUUUGAAUACGAUUCCAAGUAAACAAAAACUAUUUUCAUAGUGUUUCACAAAUGCUUCACAUCCAUCAUUUAAACCAUUUAAACUCUGGUUUUCACAAGCAACUUACAGGCACCCCAGAUUCACAUAUACAUAUUUAUAUGGACAUUAAAAGCUUAGGUGUAUAUUUCCCCCCUGUGACUCUUGCCAGUGGGGUCUUGCAUAUUGUUGGUGCAUUUUAAAUUUUAAACAAUAGUGGCAGUGCCAUAUUUAUUUUUUAAAAUAUGAAAUAACAGAAACCAGUUAUCUGCUAUAUUGCAGACCCAUUAGUGAUUUUCAAAUACACAGCUAUUUCAAAAGCAUAAAUUACAAACUAAAGUAUUGGAUUUUUUUUGAUGUAACUAGAUUGUUGUCUGAUCCAGAAAAAUCUUAAGCAUUUGAUUCCCCACCCCAUGACAGUCCUAUGCAGCUUUGACAUCUUAUACUGGUUUAGAAUUUGAAAAUACUUUUUCCAGCUCUGGGACUUGUGGUCUGUAAGACAAGAAGGGAAGCUGAGCUAGAAGAGAAGACAGUACAUGUGACAAAAGUAAGAAAUGUAGAAGAGAGCCCUGUCAUCUCUUAUGCUGGGCUUUGGCUAAUAACUCUUCUGGCUCACUUUCCUUAUGUUUGCUUGGACAUAAUCCAACUUCCCAGCAAAGUAGUACUCUAGAGAGGAGAUGUGGCACUUUUCCAUUGGUUAGUAGAGGCCAUAACAUUAUCCACAUGGCCCCAUCUCAGUUGCUUACUCAUCUACCAGAAAGCCUUGCUAAGGUGCUCCUUUUUUAUCUGAUUUAAAGGACAAUGUGUUCUCCUUUGUAGCUAAUGCUGUCCUUGCCUAGUAGUUAGCUGUCCUCUUACUAGCACACUCCUACAGUGGGUGUGUCUUCCCUGUUUUUGCCCAAUUGUCCAAUUUACUCCUGAGUCCCACCCUGAACUCAAACAGCUGCUCCAGAAGGAUACCAUGGUCAAUGGUACCAAAAGCCACUGAGAGUUCGAGAAUUAACAAGGACACAUUUGCCCAUCUCUCUCCCGACAGAAGUCAUCAUACAGGGUGACCAAAGCAGCUUCUGUGCCAUUCUCCCUCUGACCACUCAUCGUUGUCCCACCACCAGUCCUCAGGCUCUGAGCCUUCUACCCUACCUGGUUUCCCAGCUGCUUUCUCCCACCAUAUGUCUGUAUCCAACCAGUUCAUGACACUUAUGUUAUAAAUGCCUUAUAGCAACAGGUAUAGGCAAUAGUACACGUCUACUGAGUUCAGUGGGAAUUGCUCCCAAGUAAGUGAGUAUAGCUUGAUUGUAGCUUGAUUCAUUUCAUUUCAUUUGAUUUCAUUUCAUUUCAUUUCUAUCCUGUAGGCUUAGGGAGGCUUACAGUGCCUUAACAUUUCUUUCCACUUGCCCUCUCUCACCUUCUUACAACCUACCUCCAUCCACCUUUCCCAUUAAAACAAUGAAUGCAAAUCUUUAAUUAAAUGUGCCCCUCCCUCCCUUUUCACAUAUAUUGAAAUAGAAAAAGAAAUCCACACGCCCCUCUCCUUCUGCAUGCAGCCUAAAUUCACUCCCUUUUAAUUAAAACAAAAACAAAAAAACCCUGCAGCUGUACUAGAUAUACAGGAGAAGGGGGUUUAAUUCCUAUUCCUGCGCUUUUUGAAGGGAGAAAAAAAAAAAAGCUUCACAAAUAAGUAAGGCAGUUGUAUCUCCUCGACAGAGUAUAAUCGCCUUUCUUGCACACGCCUUUUUCUCAUCUUAUCAAGGCAAGGCAGUGCAGCAACUUGAAUGAAUUGAAAAGCGUUAUCAGCUAAGGCAGGGUCUGCACAUGCUGCAGAAUAAGAUUAUAGGAAGAGUUGUAGCCCAGCGCUUCAUAGAAUUGUAGAAUUGUAGAGUCAGAAGGGAACCCAAGGGCAGCGGUGGAGGAAGCCCAGGGGCGUGGUGAGCCACCCAUAGGGGCGUGGUGCAUCGCAGCAUCUCCAAAGUCUGCCUGCCUCCUCCCACUCAGCUGCCCUACAGCUGGAGGGGGGGAGGCAGCGGGUGGACCAUUUGGGCAGCACGGGGCCUGCGCACGCCCAAACCACUGCAUCUUUCCCAGGAGGCCCCGCGGUGAGUGCCACCCGGCAUUUUGUCACCCCCCUCAGUGGUGACACCCAGGGCGGCCUGCACCCACCGCACCCCCCCUUCCUCCGCCCCUGCCCAAGGAUCAUCUGGUCCAACUCCCUGCAAUGCAGGAAUCCUGUCCGCAGCAGUCCAUAGCUGGGCUCGAACCACCAGCCUUCUGGUUAACAGCCAAGCGCACUAACUCACUGUGCUACCAGCCCUGCCAUGAGAUGCCAGGCAUUGAACCUGGGACUUUCUGCAUGCAAGGCAGAGCCUCUCUCAGGGAACUAUAAAAUAGGCGGGCCACUUAAGGCAUCAACAAAAAAGAGAGCACAGAUUUGUGUAUGCUAAUUUAGACAUAAUUACUAUAAUUUAAAAAUGCAAUGCAUGUGACCUGUGUGCCUGCUCAGUCUGCUGUCUAAGUGUUAACCCUGCUGUCCUUUCUUGUGAUUCUUCUAUAUUUAAACUGGACUUGCCUUUACUUGCCAGACUGCCCUUUGUAAAAGUCUUAACACAUGAUAACCCUGCUGCAAACUGCAUGAAUGAAUAAUGAUCAUUGUUGGCAUUCAUCUAUCUCGGGAGACAAUGGAAAAGUGUGCCUUUGUGGGUGAAGUCAAACUGUUGGAAGGUUGCACUGCAGUGCCUGCUGAUGCUGUAGAGGCCGAUACGGGAGAGACAUGUUUUGAUGCAGCUGGGGCAGAUGUGCCGAUGCAGAUGUCCCAUGGCGUUUCCUAUCUAUGUGUUCCUCCCAGCAGUCAAUCCUUCUCUGGUCACUGCUGUGGAUACACAACCUGACUGUCUCUCUCAAAGCACUGUGGUCGUGUGCAGGGGAUUCCCACAUGGCAGGGUUAGUGUUGCCAGCAGUCGUAUCAUGCUCAUUAUGUAAAAAACUCCAUGUGAUCAGAAAAGUAACACAACAGGGAGUUGGCUGGGUUAGAACUUUAGCCUUCUGUGCUUGCCUGAAGGGAAAUCUCCUGGCAUAACAGUUUUGAAGGGAUGAAUGGUUAGUAGGGAAGGGAUGCACACAUUGGAUAAUUGUUUUCAAAUCUGAUUUUUAAAAAAGUUUUAUUUUCAUUUUUUACUAGGGGAGCAAUCCUAAUUCCACCCACACCUCCCACCUGGGAAGGGUGACUACUGUAUCCUCAAUCUCGCUGGCAUAACAGCCAGGGUGGAAGGAAGGGACGGGGAGAUAAUGGUGUAGCGAUCAAGACUGGAUCAGUCCCAAUGCAGUCUUGAGAUGGCAGUGGUGCCAGUUCAAGAUCCAACAGAUUCUAGGAUGGCUCAGUUCUGCCCCAUAAAGCCCAAUUUUAGGGGGAUUUGCUGGCUGUUGCCAGCAAGGAGGCUACCUCUUCUGUGGGCAGAAGAGGGAGCUCUGUGCCAGCAGAAUCACACUGGCAACACUGCAGGCAUCAGGAGGCUGAUGGAGGCCAGCAAGGCUGGGGUGUGUGGAACAUAUCUUCCCCAUCUACCUCCACCCUCCAGUUUGGCCAAAAGGAUGGAUUGCUCUGUAAUUUGUAAAGUAAUAUGAGGUAUUCACUGGUAGUCAGUGGAUUGCUCUGGCUCUGGACUGCUGAUAUGAACCAAAUCUUCUGUUUUUGGAGAGCAUCAUAAAUCCAGACUCCGUACUUUGCUUGGAACAGGACUGCUAUGCCUUCUGCCAGAGAAGUAGCUGGUGACAUUAACAGGAUGCAAUUAGAAUGACAGUUUUCAGUCUGUAAAUAGUUAUUAAUGGUAUGGAUUAGAGUAUCUCUUCACUCUUAGUGAACAUGCAAAUAAGAAAAGAUAUGAGUGAAUGCUCAGUCAGCACUAGUCUGUAGAAUAAUUUUCAGAUACGAGUUGAGAUGGAUGCUUGCCAAGUCUGGUUGGAGUUUGUACAUGAAAUGGGUGGGUUCCGUCUUGUGCUUUGGUUCAGGCAGCAAAGGAUGUAUUUGGGGUGGUCCUAGGAGUUGUUUUUGGCAUCCACACCCAUGCUGUUUGGCUGCUCUGGAGCAACAGGGUUUCUCGUACUAAAUCUAUGCUUGGUAACACGUGCCUUGAAUGUGCAGGAAGUGGUAGGAUGCUGGUCGAGUUCUUUGAGCCCUGGUAGAAUGUGCAUCAAAUGGCUAACUGAAAAUCUCUGCAUGAUCAGGGAGUUAACUUGAGGUUGAGUAAAAGAUAACAUGCAAAAAUUUGAACCGUCAGGCUGUCUUCCUCACCUGUGUUUCAUUCCAAGCAAAUUGGUUAUGUUAAAAUCACCAUAGUCAGUAUGUUGGUUGGGCAGAGGUGCAGGAAGUUUACACUAGAAUUAGUGACUAAGGUUGAUGCCUUCAGAGUUGCCCAAUAUAAGUGGUCAAAUGGUGUGCAGAUAAAACAACUUGAGGGUCCCCAAAUGUACAACUAAACAGAAAAUGAAGGUACUGAUUUGUGAGAAUAGGAAAUUGCAAUCUUCUGUCUCUUUCUUUUACACACACACACUCUGACACACACUCCUAAAAGAGCCUCAACUAAGCCAAAUAGCUAGCCUAAAUGAAAAGGAGGAGGUAGUUAAAUACAUUGAAAGUUAGGGAUUUUCUUUGCCACCGUGGUUGCUUUGCAAGUAGGCAAGGUAUGGUUUUGUUCUUGAGCAAAAACAUUGUUGUGGGGGACAGAACUUUGGCGUGCGUAGGUUUAAGCAUAUAAUAGCAAGAGCACAGGGCUUCGGAAAGCAGAACGUGAAGGCAUUAGAAGUAAUUAGGCAAAUUAUGUUGUAUCUUUUCCUUUUUUCCAGAACUGUUGAGCUCUGCCCAUUCCUUCCCUUGCAUUUAAUCUUCAGAAAUGUAGAGGGGAUUCUUCCCACUGUCUUCCCUUUUUCUUUCCAUUCCCCUGAAAAAUUGCCUCUCUGGAAAACAGAUCCUUUUUAGGGGAUCCAAUGAUGCCAGAGUUCAUUUAACCUCCCCCUUCCCUGAAACUAUUAUUAUUUCCCCAAGUUUCUUACCUGCCAGUUUGGAAACUACAACUGGUUCAGACAGAUUGCUGAUGGGGAGCUGCAGGUAUGGUCAUGUAAUACCCAUCAUUCUAGCACAUAACUGUGCUGACUGCAUAUGCAUUUUGGAGCCCAAUUCAGAGAACUGGCCCUAACCUAUAAAGCCCUGCACUGCUUAGGACCUUUGUACAGUGGUACCUCGGGUUAAGAACUUAAUUCGUUCUGGAGGUCCGUUCUUAACCUGAAACUGUUCUUAACCUGAGGUACCACUUUAGCUAAUGGGGCCUCCCGCUGCCGCCGCGCCACUACUACAUGAUUUCUGUUCUCAUCCUGAAGCAAAGUUCUUAACCUGAGGUACUAUUUCUGAGUUAGCGGAGUCUGUAACCUGAAGCAUCUGUAACCUGAAGCGUAUGUAACCUGAGGUACCACUGUACUGCUCAAGACCCGGAUGCCUCUCUCAGCAUGAACCUACCCAGACCCCAAGAUUGUUGUCUGAUGCCCGUCUCCAGUUGCCCCUCCCCAAUAAGUCCAGAGGGUGGAGAGGUUUUUUUUUUUUUUGCCCCCACAUCUGGAAUGGACUUCCCAGUGAUUUCCACCCUGCACCACGAUUUUUUUUUAGGGGGGGGGGCACCAGGUUUUAAAAAAACCCUUUUCCCAGGCAUUUGAUGGUAUGAGAUAUGCUGGUUCUGCCCCUUGAUUGCAGAUUUGUACCGUUGAUGGUGCUUUGUACUGUUACAAUGUUCUAUGUUUGUUGGUUUUAAAAAUGUGUACAUUUUUAAACAAUUGUGUGAUUUGCCCAGAAACCAUGAAGUUUUAGGUGACAAACAAACCAAAUAAAAUAAAUUCUCUCCCCAUGACUGAGAGCCAGUGUGAUUAUAGAGGUUAGAGUGUUGAACUACUAGGACCUGGCAAACUAGGGUUCAAAUUCCUACACAGCCAUGAAGCUCAAAAGGUGACCUUGGGCCAUUCACUAUCCUAAACCUAGCUACCUUCUUGGUUUUUUUGUGAGGGGGGGAAUGGGAAAGGGAAAGAACCGGGUGUGCUACCUGGAGCUCCUGGGAGAAAAGGUGAGCAAUGAAUAUGUAUCGCAACAUCUCUCUCUCCUCAGGCAAGAAGAGCCCAGACCUUGGGGAGUAUGACCCUCUCACUCAAGCCGACAGCGAUGAGAGCGAAGAUGACUUGGUGCUCAACAUACAGAAGAAUGGUGGCGUCAAAAAUGGGAAGAGCCCCCUGGGGGAAGUGCAGGAUGUGGACUCGGAUGCGGAGGUCGGGAUGACGAAGCAGCACCUGUCGGAGGGUCUGGCAGAAGAGUACCCCAGCGAGGCCGCCAGUGGUCUGGAGCAGAAGACCGCCAACUCCAUGAUGCCUUACGUGCGCACAGCUGUCUUCUUGCUCACCGUGGUCAUCUCCAUGAUCCUCGUGCUGGUGUGUGCUUUCCUCAUUCCUUGCCCUCCGAGGGACUUGCACAAUACCUGGAUUCGCAACUUGGGCCAGGAGGCGGGUAAGUUGCUUCUGGAACACUUCCCUGGCUUGUGGGAUGCGUGUCCUAGUGGGAUCUGAUGGGGAGUGAGGAGAACUGCAAGCGAAUUGCAGCCCACUAUCCAUAUGUAGAAAGCUCAUGCCUAAUGAAGGAAAUAGCAAUCAAAGACCGGUAGAAGAUGGAACGAGGAAAAGAUUCUGAAAAUGCAAGAUUCAAACAUUAAUUAGAAAUCCAUAAUGCAAAUUUACUUAAACAUAUUUAAUUUAGAUGCUAGAAACAAUUUGUAAAGUUUUGGGCUGGGUUUCAAAGGCUCUAUUUAGUUGAACAUCACCAUGCGUUAAUGGUUAGAUAACAGAACAACAACAACACAUGCUUAUCUUUUAAAAGUGGUUGAACCUCACAUGAAAGAAUUGAUUAAAUUUGAUGAUUUGAAAAGAGGAAUCCCAUCUGAUGAGUUAAAUUGCUGAUUUAAGAUACUUUAAGUCAAUCUACCCUCCUAGGAGAUUAAACAAUUAUCCAGCUUUAUUUUCACCACAAAAAAGUAAAAUAAAUCCAUGCUGAUUUCACUUGUCCCACUGCCUAUCCCUACAGCUGGUGAUACUACUUUCAAAUGUUAUUAUUGUUGUUGUUUUUUUGGAAUGUGGAGUCUUUUUCUCUUUGAAUCACCUUGUUUCCCCUUUAGAAUCAUAUCAGCACUGUCAAAAGUAAUUCUGUACAUACUACCUUUUUGUUCUGAAAUAAGCAGUUGUAUAGAGCUGUGAGGUUCUAGAAAGAAGGACAAGUAUUUGAAGUAAAAGAUAUCUUGCAGCCAUAUCAGGGAUGGAAACAACCUUUGAAGCAUCAUGGCUCCUGUGUCUGGUCUCUGUUUGGCCCUUUCAGAAUCUUGAACCCCAAACCAGCUCUGACAUACUGUUUUCCUCUAGUGUCCUUUCCUUUUCACAUAGAAAUAUAUAUUUGGGGGUGUGUGUGUGUGUGGAAAUCUAAAUACUACAUUUCAAAAAUCCUUGCUGAAUUUACUCUGGAUGCCUGCCUUGCAUCUCUAAAUUUGCGGGAACAUUUGACUGACUGAAGAUAUUCUUUGUCAUUGAGGGCAGCGAGGACACCUUGUUUUCAAAAUGGGGGCCAAAGAGUAUUAGAGCUCUCUCUGGACUGCAGCUGUGGCAGGGGGCAACUCAAGUCACUUAUUCAGGAAGUAUUUCUGAAUGGACAUACCCUUCGAAAUCAAUGACAAUAACCGCAGGUUGUUAAUGAUGGAGGUUUCUUUAGGUCGGGGUGGAGAACUUGUGACCUUCUAGUUAUUGUUGGACUCCAACACCCAUCAGCCCUUGUCAGCUUGGGGAAUCGUCAGGGCUGAUGGGAGCUGUAGUCCAGCUUCCUCACCCCUGUUCUUGGUCAUACUUGACCAACUUAUCUAGAUGGGAAGCAAUUUCUAGAAGAGUAACUUGUUUCACAUUAUCCUUUAGGUGGAGUACUGUUUCCUCCAGAACUUUUUGACGUAAAUGGUGAUGGUCUUCCUGACAUCCUGCUCUCCUUCACAGCUCUGAAAAACGCCAGUGUGUUGGGUAAGCAUUCCAGAUGCCCAUAAGUAACCCCAAAUUCAAUUGCACAAGAUUUCUCUUUGUUUAACAUUUGUAUCAGGGGCCAGCAAAUUUUUUCAGCAGGGGGCUGGUCCACUGUCCCUCAGACCUUGUGGGGGGCCCGACUAUAUUUUUUUUGGGGGGGGGGGAUGAAUGAAUUCCUGUGCCCCACAAAUAACCCAGAGAUGCAUUUUAAAUAAAAACACACAUUCUACUCAUGUAAAAACACGCUGAUUCCUGGACUGUCCGCGGGCCGGAUUUAGAAGGCUAUUGGGCCACAUCCGGCCCCCAGGCCUUAGUUUGCUUACCCAUGAUUUAUACUAUCAUGCUGUACAAUUCAGUUCUUCGCUUGACUCAUGCUGCUUAGAAAUUGAGAUAUCACCCUGUGAGUUUAAUAGAUAUGAUUGCUCCAUAUGUGAUACACUUCUUUUGAUUUUUUUAAAAUCAGUUGCUUUAAAAAGAGAAAGCAAUCCACAUUCAUUUCCCACUCAUUUAUGGAACUCAGCCUGCAAGGGCACUGUCAAGCAGAGAUUUUGUUUGAGAUUUAUCACCUUUUUACAAGCUGUCCAAGUGUUCUGUGCUUUACCAGAGAAAGACACAAGCAUAUAAGAUAAGGCUCCAUCCCUGAUCCAUUCUUAGUAUGAACUGAACAGUUUAUGUGAGGGUUGUGCUUGAGCACAUGAGUAAUCCUAUCCUUCAUGCCCCACUUGAGCACCCAGACUCAUCACCUUUAGGGCAGCCUUCCCCAACUUGGCGCCUUCCAGAUGUUUUGGACUACAACUCCCAUCAAUCCCAGGCAGCACGGCCAUUUUGAACAACAAUCUCCAUCGGUCCUGGUACUGCCUAGUUGAGCACUAGAAGUUGAGCAGAUAAUGUUACUGGUUCCAUGCUGUGGAACACUUUUCCAGCGGAGAUUCAGCAGGCACCCUUCUUUUGACUUUCAGGUGUCCCUUGAAGACUGUUUAAUGCCAACAGGCCUAUGCAGUUCUUCAAAGUGCCCAUUGAGUAGCCUGCCAUUUAAAUGGUUGCUUGGUCCUGCUUUUAAAUAUUUUUAAUGUUGCUGUACACCGCAGGAGGGCAGCAUAUAAAUCCUUUCAUAAGUGAAUACAUAUUUAUGUCUUGUGCUCUUGUGCUUGUGCCCUGCUUCCAGGUUUCCUACAGGCAUCCUGUUGGCCACUGUGAGAACAGGAUCCAGGCCUGAUCCAGCAGACGCUUCUUAAGUUAUAAAACAAAUAUAAAUUAAACUGAUCAACUGGAUGGAAGCUGUGGAGUUGCCUUCCCCAGCUUAGUGCCAUCUCACAUGUUUGGGACUAAAACUCUCAUCAGCCCCAGCCAGCACACUGGGAGUAACAGCUGAUGGGAGUUGUAGUCUACAGGCCACCAGGUUGAAGAAGACUGUCCUAGACACUGUGAGUCUUUAGGAAACACAACCAUUAAGUGGAUUGGCAGGGCUGUAACCAGGACUAUAGUACACAGCAGAGAGUGUGCAAGGUAGAUAGUUGUGCCUCCUUUUAAGAUCUGGAUGGCUAAUGUGUUGCCCUCCAUUGAUGCUGGACUACAACUCCCAUUAUCCCUGAUCAUUGGCUCCUCUGGCUGGGGAUGGUGGGACCUGUAGUACAGCAUCCUCCAGCGAGUCACAGGUUAGCCACCACCUCUGUAGAACUUCACAUACUCUGUUCAGAAGAAGAAGAAAACCCAACCCCUGCCAGAGACUUUAAGCUGCAUUUUAUUUAUGCAAUUAUUCAAUAUAAUGAAUAUUUAAACAUUCAUAAACUGUACUUAUUCAUCUAAGGAAAACCGAGACAAGCAGCAGAGGGGAAAGAGCUGGAACAAAUUUCAUUUCGAUUGAUGUGGGGAAGAGGGUUUGAGGCGGGCCCUUUCCCUUGGGCCUCUGCUGCCUGCCUGAGGAUGAAUAAGCUUGUUUUCUUAAUUAUCCUAUAAUUGACACAGUAGUUACAAGCUGCGAAGAGAACGGCACCCAAACUUGCAACUAGUUGCACACGAGAAAACCUGGAAGUGCUCAGUCAGUGCUGGCCAACACACAUUUCCUUGGAGCCUCUCUUGUACUGCAGCCCUUUCUUCCUGGGUGGUGCAAUCCUGCACAUGUUUGCUGAGCGGAAAGUCCCACAGAGAACUCAGGAUGGGCCCUUAUACAUUGCCUCCCCAAAAGAAGAAAUGCAUGAUAAAAUAAUGGCGACUAAGAUUUGCAUGAUAUUUCCGUAGACUAAUGUUAUAUGCCUAGAUGCCAAUUUGAAAAGAAUUGCUGUGAUUUCAAUAGAAAUGCAAUACAUUACAUCAGAGUGGGGAAUCAUAGAUUCAUAGAAUUGUAGAGUUGGAAGGGACCCUGAGGAUUCUCUAGUCUUACCCCCUGCAAUAGCAGGAAUAUGCAGCUGUUCCAUACAGGGAUCGAACCUGCAAGCUUGGCAUUAUCAGCACCAUGCUCUAACCAACUGAGCUAUCCAGGAAGACUCUGACCAGGUCAUCUGUAUGCUUGCUCAAUCUGUGGUCCAGUGGCUAACUGUUGACAGGCAAGUUGAUUGAUUGAGUUUACUUAUAUGACGCUUUUCUACACUGAGCUGUACCCACAGCAGCUCUGAGCAAACAUUCAAAACAUCAAAAUACAAAGGAUUGAAGAUAGAAAUGAACAAAAUGCAGAGCGUGUCAGUAUAUUCAGAAAUGGCAAAAAUCAACAAUUAAACAAAAGGAGAAUAAAUUCAAUAUUACACAACCAAAUCAACGUUUAAAAACAUAAAUACAAAGCAAAGGAGAGUUAACCAACAAUAAAGUUUCUGAUACUGGUCUUGCUGCACUUCAGCAAAUUACACUUCAGAGGGGAGUGGUAGAUGACAUACAACUUCUAGGCCUCUGUUCCUCGGUCUUCUGAGGCGGGGGUCAGUUACAUUUAUUAGACAUUCUAGUACUUUCUGUCUCUUUUCAUUCAACAGUAAAAUAAAGAACAGUCAAAUGAAAUACAAUGAAGUGAGGCAUAACACAAACAUAAAUGGAUAUAAUAAACCCCUAGCAACUUGAGCUUGCUUAGUUACAUGUAGCCACUUGCUAAAAUGCAAAAUGGAUUUAGCUUCCUUAACAGAUUCUUAAAACCAAUAGCAUUAAAAAAUGGAACCAUUGCUUCAGAAAUAAAACCUGCAAUUUAAAAACGUUAGGGAGCCAUAAACCAUCUGAUAUGUGGACAUGCCCACCAUAAUUAAAAUAAAAGUUUAUCACAGACAUAUAAUGUAAAAUGCCACUCAUGUCACUCUGCAAGUAUAUGUUGGUGGUGCUGUGAAAUAAAUAUUAAUGAUUAAGAUAGCCAAUAAUUGAUGUUAGCUCCUCUUUCAUCUUAUUUGUCUUUAUCUUUAAACUGAACUUCGACCUUUCAAAGAGAGGACACAUGGCCACCUUGCAUGAUCUAGUAAUUGUGUUUAAUAUUGCAGCCUUAGGCUGCCGAAGUUUGCACACAUAUUUGAGAGUUAGUAGCUCAGUUCAACUUACUUCUGAGCAGACAGGUAUAGGAUUGCAUUGUAAGUAUCAUAGGGACACCCAGCUGAACUGAUCAAUAAUGUGAUGGGGAUUUGAGAUUAUUCAAUAGCUGUAUCUGAAACUGCUGAUUAUUCAGUAGCUUUAUCAGAAAGGUGGGAGCAAAGGUAAACGACAGGUCACAAAGAGAUCGGACUGCCUUUUUUGUAUCCCUCCCCCCCACCCCAGGUGUCUCUAAGCCAUGGGUGACUGUGAUGGCCCUAUCAGGAAUGAAUGGAAGCACCUUGUGGUCCAUACACGUUAAAGAGGAGAUUCGGAGUGUGCAGUGCAAGGGUGUAAACUCUGUGUCCCCAUCAGAGCCUGUCUGUCUCAUUACUGGGACUUCUAAAUUCCUCAGCCUUCUGAGAGCCUCUUCAGGUGAGUCCAACAAGUGUGAGUGCAUAAUUAACAGAGAAAUAGCUUGGUCACCAGAGCUAACAAAGCCAUAAAAUUGGACUGCAGUUGUUGGGCAACAAGUCCUUCAGUUCUUAACAUUCAUUUAGGCUGUAAUGGGAGCAAGUCCCAUUGAAUUUAAUGGGACUUACUUUUGAGUAGACAUACCUAAGUUUGCACUUCUAGUGUAACAUGGCAAGUGACUGAUGUUAUUUAAAUACUAAGAGUCGUUAUGAGGAAUAAUUGGCAGCUGCUGGACUUUGUCACACUGCAACCCCUUAAACCAGGGAUGAGGGACCUGUUCCAGAUGUGCCAGAUGUUGUUGGACCACAACUUCCAGCGUUCCUCAGCACCAGCCACGCUGGCUGGGGCUAAUAGGGUUAAGGUCCAACACCACCUGGCAGGUCACAGGUUUUCCAUCCCUGAUCAAACUAUGAACGUGCUUAGGGUUGCAAUAUAUUUAAUAGGUGAAUUGGCCAGAUCAACUUGUAAAGUUGAUUAAAAGUAUAAAGAGAAGCAUUUACAGAAUAAAAGCUAGGGUGGCCAGAUGUGAAAGAGGAGAGAGCGUUUGCACCUUUGAGGGUUGUGUAGAAGAGGGAAUUUUAGAAGCUAUUAAAAAUAAACAUGCCUUGUCCUCAUUUGCAUCUGGCCAUACAAUAGCAAGCAUCGUCUUAAAGGCAGUUUCCUCUUCUUUCCCAUCAGCCUUGGAAUCAACGACUUCUCUAAGAUGAUGCCUACUUGCUUUAUCUGCAAGCUGAGAAAGUAUAUGCAUGUGUCACAUAACUAUUGUUUUUAUGCAAAUUCAUUCUGUAGAUUAAUUGACUAAAACCCAUACAGUUAAUUGCUUAGAAUGGCUCUAAUGAGGUUGCAGCCCUCAGAAAGUACAUUAUCUGAACGUUGAAGGAUCCUUGUUCUGUAAAGCAAAGCAAACGUGGCGGGGAAGAUCACAUCGUGUUUGACUGAACUCAGAGGCAGGAUAUCUGUGAUGGGCCUCUCCAAGAAACUCAUGCCGGUGAAAUACUCCUGAUGGGAGAUGCUUCCAUUUCAAACUCACCAGUUUGAAAUGGAAGCAUCUCCUGUCACAAAUAUCUCUCGCCUUGCCUUGCCUUGCCAUGCAGUAACCUUGGCCAGUCUGGACCGAGAGACAGAAACUUCAACAUGUUCUCUUUUCACUACGUAAGGAACACUGACAGCUGCCCUUACACCAGGGCAGCCUGUAUCUCCAUCUAGUCCCUCUGCUGUCUAUGCCACCCUUCCUCUGCCUGGUACCUUCCAGAUGUUUUGGGCGGCAACUCCCAUCAUCCCACUAACCAUGAUGGUUAUGCUUAAGUCACCACGGUAGGAGGCAGUAAUGCUUGUGAAUAUCAGUUGCUGGAAACUGCAGGAGCAGAGGGUGCUCUUGUGCUUGGGACCUGCUUGCCCAUUUCCCACAGAAAACUGGUUGGCCACUGUAAGAACAGAAUGCUGGACUAAAUGGGCCACUGGCCUGAUCCUGCAGGUUCUUCUUAUGUUCUUCUCCUGGACUCUUGGCCAUGGUGGCUAGGACUCAUGGGGGGAGUUGUUGUUACAUCCUGUAUUUGAUAGUCACUUUUCUCACAAAGGUAGCACAAAGCAAGUUGCAAUAAAACCCAAUAAAAACAACAAUAAAAACCUAAAAGCAACAAUUCAAAUAAAAUACAAAAAAAAAAGGUUAAACAAAAAGGCAGGACUACAAGUCGCACUCCAGCAAAUGAGUAUGCAAUAUCCUUUAAAUUAAGGCAAGAACAACAUAUAAUUGUUUGAUUUUCUGGUAUGUUGCAGACACAUAUUAAUGCAAAAAUCAAGCUGUUUACAGCACUUUGCUUCUAUUUGGUGUCUAGCUGCAGCCUGAGCCUGAUAAGCACCAUCUGCUUUGGGCUGCAGUUCUUGACAUCCAGUGACAUUUGUGACAUGGCAGUGACUUUGGAAGGAUCUCUUCCAGCUUCUCCUUACCUCUGGCUUCUGCUAACACUGAAGUCUUCAUUUGUCUGCCUGCAGGAGAACCCAUCUGGACCCUUGACUCAUCCCACCUGCCCAGUGGGACCUUGGCUGCUCCAGCUGUAACUGUACCAGAUGUGGAUGGAGACAGGGUCAGUGAUCUAGUUGUUCUGGCCAUCGGAGAAACACAGGUAUGAGAUAUAAUCCCAUAUAUGCAGUGGUGAGGUAGGGAACCUGAUCUGGCUCUCCAAGCAAUAUUUUCCGCACAACCCUGCCAGGAUGCCAGUUGCCCCCUCCCUGGUCAUCAGGUCACUCACUUGAUUUGGGGCAGUGGGCACUGUCUGUCUGCAAGGGAGUGCGGUUGUGGAUGAGAGUGUCGGGUGGCCACAACUACUUUGGGUAUGCGGCUCCUGGAGAGUAGACCAACAGUAAACGUGGCACUUAGGCCAAAAAUGGUUAGCCAUCCCAGAAAAAACCAAUAUUCCAUAAAUGUGCUUCUUUCCCUGGAGCAAGAAAGCAGACUAAAUGAAAUGCAUUGUUAAGAAGUGGGAGCUGCAACAAAAUGUUGCAGUGUGGAGGGUUCCUCUUCACUGCUGUAGUCAAACAGCUGUGCUCUCCUCCGGGAUACUCCAUUCCAUCCCAUUCCUCCUUCCACCUAGUUUUCUGUCCCCUACAUUCCAUGGCCUCUGAGCACAUUCAGUCCUCAUUAGCCUGUUUCUGUGUCCUGCCCCCACUCCACUUAGAGGGGGGGCGGGUUUCCUGUAUUUUUUAAACUUCUGCAAAUCAUGGGGCUCCCCCAAGCCUCUGUUGUGUGUGCUGUAUAUCAGAAAUAUGGGGAAUGAUACCUAUCAUAGAAUUGUAGAGUUGUAAGGAACCACGAAGGUCAACUAGCCCAACCAGGAAUUGUUUGCCCAGCGUGGGACUCGAACUCAGGGCCCUGAGAUUAAGUGUCUCAUGCUCUACCAAUUGAGCUAUGACAAAGAGUUAUAAUUGUUAGUUUGAUUGAACGUUGAUUGCAUUUGCAUACUGCCUUUCUGCCAGUUUGCAGUUUUAAAAUACAAAAACAAAUAAGUGAUAUAAAUGUAAAGUUGGCCCUCUGGAUGGGGUGGGGGAAGGGACAGUCCAACUGGAGCAGGCCCCAGUGUUGUCUUGCCUGCCUGCCUUGCUUUCUUUCCUCUCACAGAACAGAUGGUGUCCCACCUCUCUCUCUCUCUCUCUCUCUCUCUCUCUCUCUCUCUCUCUCUCUCUCUGUGUGUGUGUGUGUUGGGAGAUGGGGCAGUCUGACUCUCCUGUAUACACACUUCUCAUACCCAUACAAGGCCUUUGCACCCAUUGUCUGAGAUGUGCUCAUCCUACUUUGCCUCUUAUCCUAUGCCUCCCCACCACCCACCAGCAGUUUGGCUAAUGAAAGCCUCUUCAGAUCUUGACAGCUUUAACAAGAAUUUGAUGCAGGCCCCUGGCUUCACUUAUGAAUGGAAAACAUUGUUGAAUGCAGCACCACGUGACUGGUGCAGCUUUAUGCACAGGGAAUGGAUGAUAGAUUGCAUUGUGAGGAAAAGAAGCUCUGCAUGCAUGCAAAUCCACCCUGACCACCCUAUGUCCACUUUCUGUCUCCCAUGUAGCCCGACUUGUGCUUCAUCCUGGUAUCUGGUAAAACCGGAAUCCCUGUGGGAGGCCCUGUAAAGUACAGCAUCAAUGGAAAUGGAAAACUGAUUGGCCCUCAGGCCCACAUCAGCAGCCAUGGAGCAGUCUACAUCCUGUUUGGCUUUGGUAAGGUGCCCUAUCUUUGUAGUUGAUAAAUGCCCUGGAAUUGGAAGAACUGCAAUUUAAGGCCCUCCGGAAACCAGUAAUCAAACACAUGUGGAAGGCAAUGAGCGCAUGAAAUGAUGCUCCGUAACAUUUGUUGCAUUUUACAUCUGUCUCAUGGCCUGUUUUUUGUGUGCAGUGCACUGAGAGCUCAAAAGACAAUAUUUUAUACCUGGGAAAACAUUCUUCUUCAAAUUGCCCAUUCUGUGCUAUUGUGCAUAGAAUAUGGUUGCACUGUGAGCAUGUCCAUACUAAUUGGAUGUUUUUGUGUAUGAUGUAAUUAGUGACAUUCAUCUCUGCAGCACUUUAUGGCCUUGUUUAGUUUAGACUUUAUUAUUUAUUUAUUUUUCUGUUUCUUUGAAGGUUAUACAAAUUAACUACAGCAAGUCAGCAGUAUUUUUUUUUUUUUAUUCUCUUAAAUGUUGGACAGUAGUAAGGCAGCUCUUUCUCUCCUUAACAACAAUGUGCUCCCUUUCUGUCAACCUCUUGUUUUGUUUCCUUUUUCAUUUUGAUGCCUCUCUGUUAUUGGACUGCAUGCAUAAAAAGUUUUUGUUUUGUUUAUUUUUAAAGAGGGAGGGGAAUGCAACACAGCCAUCCCUUCAUAAAAAGUCAUAUCCCACCCCCCAGAACAUGUGAACACUAUAUUGUAAUGAGAGUGUGGGAAUAAUCCGAGCGAUCUCUCAAGGAUCCCCAACUCUACCACUGCCACCAUGCCUGUUUAAAAAGAUGCAGCUAGAAUGGGGCAAACCAGUUGCAUGAGUGUUGCUGGGCAGGUUUGCUUUGUGUAGGGAAGAUUGGUCUGAAUGGCUGUCCAUUGUAUAGCUAACGAGAGGAGCAGAUAUUCCUUCUGGGAGGGGACAGGCCAGCUCUGUCUGCGUGAACUGAGACUGAGGUUUGGUGGGACAGACUGAGAGAGGCAUAGAGAGUGAGAGCGAUUCAAGGGGGCAGAGUUACUUUCUUCAGGAAUCAUGUGGCACUAGUGGACCCCCUAGAAAUCUAGUGGGGCAGCGGGAUCUGUUGGAAUGGCUUAAGCUUAAGAUAUUUUCUUACACAUUCUGUGUGAAUUAGCUUUCAUUCACACUUUUGCUCACUUCCCUGGAACCUUGUCACGAGGGGUGGUUAACCAAGUAUUUUAAAUAAAUACUCAACCUAUAUUUGCAAACAAGUGCAGCCAUUCCAAAAUGCCACUAAGCCCCCAGUGAUUUCAUUCCAAAGGAAACAGACCUGGAGCACCUGUUCCACCCCUGGAGUUCUCACCAUUUGGAGAAUUGGGGACAUGUAUCAAUAUUACUACAAGGGGCAUUGUGCAGAAACCAGAAUGUGGUUGGAUGAUGCUUUGACUGUGGGUGUAGAAAAGGUGCGUGCAUUCUGCUGAGCUGAUGUUCAGGUUUUUCCCUUCCCUUUGUACCUUGGAAGACCUGAUGCAAAGGAACUCUGUGUCUGCCAGGGAGACAACACUGAAUCCACUGAAAAAAGGUCAGCAGGAUUCUCAUCCAGUGGCUGGAAUAUGGCUCAGGCACACUUUGAUGAAACAUGUGGAAAGGCCCUCAUAGGAGUGUCCCUGCAGCAACCCUUGUACCUUCGCCAUUUCUGAAUUCGCUUCCUACCUUUGUUGAGAUGCAUCAGAAUUUUAGUCUUUGCUCCUUCCUGUCACCUAGGUAAUGUCCAGGCAGUCGCCUUGCGUGAUAUCUUUGCUCAAGCCAGAAACCGAGACAGCUUCCCACCAGUUCUGCAGCGUGAGGAGCCAGAGUGGGAGAAGCGCCGGUCCAUCAAUUUGUCAGAACUUAUUGACAUCUACAGGUGAGCUAUGAUCUCCUUUCCACCGUGUAGAACAUAGGCUUCCUGAAUCUCAACUCAAUAGCCUGUGAAUUACUUUGCAUAUGGAGAUGGCAGGCUCUUCCAUUGGGUAUACACAGCUGCCAGGAGUGUUUUUCAUAGCUAUAAUAAUGCCUUGCCUUAAGACAAAGGGGUUGAAGUUGAUAACCUUUGGCAUCUCUACACCUUUUUUUAGAUAACUGUAAUUGUUCAAAGUUAAGGAAUAUUUGGCUAUCUCUGUAGUUCAGUACAGAAUGUCUUGACAGCAGAAUUCUGUAUGCUGUUCCUUUGGUGUAUUGGUGAUACACACACACACACACACACACACACACGCACAUAAAAAUGAAUUCCUGGAUGCCAAGAUCCAAACUUGGGGCAAGUACUCUUUGGUGAGAGAACCCCAGCAGAGUCACAAAAUAUUUAGCAAAGUAAAGUGUGUAAAUAUAGGCUGUUAGACUUUUUAAGAUAUGCCCUUCCAAGUGAGUUCCAAAAUUUCCCUCUUUCCCCAGCAUAGGAAAAGACCACACAUUUGGUAAUUUAAAAAUGGUUUACUUACAAACUCUCCAAAGAUCAGGCUCAUGUGCUUUUCUAUAUGCUUAUCCUAUUCUUUUAACACUGUUCCCUUUCUUUGUUACGUUGCUUGAAAUCUGAUGAAUUACAAAGGUGUGCUUCGUAAGCUGCCUUGUGUUCAUCUGGUGAAAAUAGGCAGGGUGGAAGUUUAUAAAACAAAAUGACUAAAUAAAUGAUAGAAUGCAGUAAUAUGGAAGCCCAAUCACUUCACAUUUGCUCUCUGCCUCCCCCAGUGGAGGUGUUGAGUUUCUGCAGGCAGUAAAGUCUCCAGAUGGUAACUGCAGUGACCUCCUUGUGACUACGGAGCAUGGUUUGACCUUGCUGCGGGGACAAGACUUGGAGCCACGCUGGGAUCUGAAGCAGCAGCACAUUGACAGGUUACUGAGAUUUGCUUUUGUUUUUGCUUGAAAGGGCUCUAUCCGCAGCUUCUGCAUUCUCGUAUAUACUCCUCCCAUUCUCCAAAAGUCUGAUGGAGGAGGACAUCCUAUAUGCCAUCCUCUCUCUCUCUCCAGAUUGGUGAUCCACAGCUGUGGAACACCCUUCCCCUGGCUAUUUGCAAAUGCCCACAACAGAGCAUCUCAGAGCAGCUUAAAACUCAUUAAGUUGGACAAGUGUUUGAUCCCAGUGUUUUUACGUUUGCACUUAUGGUUGCAACCUGCUCUGAACAAACACUCUGAAUUCCGUAUAAGUAAUAAAAAGUAAGGAAUGACACGGACACUGUGAAGACAAGGAACAUGGGUUGGAUCUUUGGUCCAUUCUGGCCCUCUGCUUACUUAAACUACUAGUCAGUCUUCUUGAUAGCAACACCAAGAUUAUGGGAGUUCCUCCUUUGGGAAGCCCAGUUGACUCCAGUGAGAGGUAGGUGGGGAAUUGCCCCAAAUCGGGAUCGUUACAUGAGUGGUGCAAGACUCCUCUGCCUGAUUCAGGCUAUUCUCCCACUGCAAUCCUGUUAGACACAGCCCACAAUGUUCUGGAGGUCCUUCCUCAGAAGUCUGUUUGGGUGUUGCAGGAGAAGGAGGGGGACAAAGCUGCUUUCAUCUCACACAACGUUGACUGCAACCUAGUUGGAUCACUGUGGGCCAUGAAGUCUAGACAGGACAGCAAGAGUCACAGUGCUAGCAGCAUUUGAAGAGGUUUUCAUUUUAGCUUUCACACAGCUUGGGACAUUUCAGUGCACACAAAAGGUUCCAUUGUGCCUGGUCUUUGGGUGAGUGUGCACAUGUUCACUACUUGAUGAUGUGCUCAUGGGAAACUGCUGCCACAGACCAGACGCCACAGGUGAUAGCUCUCAUGCCACCUCAAGCACGAUUGUUUUCAACGGAGGCUGCUCUCAUGUUUAUGAAUUAGCGAAAUAAGCAGUUUGCUGCAGCCAGUGUAGUGCAGAUAUGAAGAGCACCAAACUACACUCCAGGAGUCCCGGGUUCAAAUCCCCACUCAGCCAUGACCCUCAUUAAGUGACGUACUCACAACCUAACCUACCUCAUAGCAUUGUUGUGAGGAUAAGAUGGUGAGGAAUGGUAAAAUAAAAAUACAAUUAAUAUUACAAUCAGUGGUAAGCUUCUGCAGAGCUCACGUGACUAGGAGAAAUUUAUAUUGGUUUUCACGGGCCUAUUGGCACAUUUUUAAAGGUCUGGAGGAUGUCAGGAUAGUUAAUGAAAUGUGUGCAUGCAAAGAAUGAGGGUAAUAAAACUGCAUGCUUUCAGGGUGAUGAACCAAUUACAUCAGCUCAGAGUUUUCUCUCAUUGUGUAUGGUUGGUGAGUAAUUGGUUUUGGAAGCCUGCGCUCCAUUGUCUGCCUUUUUCCUUCUCUUCUUCCUCUGCUGCAUCAACAAAUGGUCUUUUGCCCAUGCCAGAAUAGCACACUUGAUGGAUGAGCAACCUGAUCUCUUUUGGCAAAGCCUGGGUGUGCAGGAAUGCAGAUGAGUUCCGGUGAAAGGAAGUGUUGCCUCUGAGGGUGUGGAUGGGCUCAUUUUGGAUGCUUUAUUUGGCGCUCUCUCGUUUUGACGAUUGUUCUCUCCAUUUUCUUGCAGCCAGCCUUCCCCAGGCUACUUCAGUGAUGAUCAAACCUUGGACUUCCUGCUUCAGGCUCAGAUGGCAAACAACAUCACAAAACAGGUACGUUCACUAGCACUCUAGAGAACAGCACAGUUCUGUGCAUCUUUACAUGGAAGAAAUCCUAACUCUGUUUAGUGGGGCUUACCGCCUGGUACAUUAAUAUAGGAUAGCAACCUAAGGAUGACACAUCACAGUUUUGCUGUUAGUAACAGUAUCAGGAGGUAACAGCUGCAAGUAGUUUACAAGUAAUGAGCAAGGGGAAUCGACUGUUAUGUGCAUUAUGGAAGGUAAGGGCCAAACUAGACUAUGCAUCUUUGCAUUUAAUGGGUACGUUUUUCUAAGUGCAAAUAGCAGCCCCUGAAGGUCAGGGAUUGAAAAUCACUCCACUUGAAGCUGCUUGCUUGUGCUGGAAGGAAAUUCCCCACUGGUACCAACGGGGGAUCUUCUCCCAGUGCAAAUAGCAACCUCACAGAAGGGAUUUUCACCUGAACCGCAGUAGAUGUCACAUCUGAUCCCAAUAAUCACCAGCCCCACAAGUCCACACCACUGGUUGCUAUUUGCGUUAAACAAAAACAAAUCUAUGCACAUUCAACACAAAUACACAUUUAAAAUUACAUCCAUUCUGAGCCUGAGUUCAUAGAUUGAAGUGGACCAUUUUGGAUUGCAGGUUAGAGGGACCACCUUUUUUGAAUGCAGAAAGAUUAUAUAUUAAAAUCCCUGCCGGAUGCUCCUCAUAAGCACAAUGUGAGAGGGGUGGAAAGCUCUUCGAUUUGGGCCUCCAGCAACAGCUAAUCUGCUAAUAGUGCCUCUGAAUAUGGAGGCUCAAUUUUUAAUCCUUGUGAUUCCAGAUCUUAUUUUUCUUUUCUCCUUUCCCUGUCUCUUUCCAUCUGUUGGACUCUUGGGUUCUUCCUUUUCAGCUGCUAGUGGUGGAUGGUAAAUCAGGAGAAAAGAUCUGGAGCUCUGAGCUACCAUGUCACAUGAAGAAAACAGACGCCCUCUCGGUGAUGACUUUGGACAAAAAAUCUGUCUUUCUCUUCUGGGCUAAUGAGAAGCAGUCUCUCUUAAAAAGCUUGGUAAGUGAGAGCCCAGCUCCCCAGGUUAGAGGAGGCAUUGUGUAGGGGUUUCGUUUCCGACAAACAAAGGGGGAUGUGGCUUUAGUCCAUUGGCCCUGGAAGCCAGGUAUGCUUGUGGACAGGCACACAGCCAAUGAGGAAAGGCGUUUUGCAGGUGCUCAUUGGCAUUUUCCUUUUCCUUUUUAACUUCACAUAUUUACAGGACUCAGCCCUGGUCUGAAAAUAGGUUUUUGGGUGGCGCUUGACACAGGUUCAGCCUUGUGCAGUACGUGUGUGUGUUUUGAUCCUCUUCAAUUAUCCUGGUGCUCAGAUCUGUCAUCGGGGAGAGGGCUGCUAUUGAACUUACAUGCAUGGUUGAUUUUUCAAAUUCCUGCUACCUCUGUAAGAUCCACAAAAUUAGAACAUUGUCGAACAGGACCUGUUUGUCAGGUCCCACACAGUCUUACUGGGGAAAGCUUUGGUACAGUGUGUUUAUGCAAGAGAAGGACACAUCACGAAGCAAAUGAAACAGUGCUUCUGGGAGUGUUUACAAAGGCUUAGGUGAGACCUUCUUGUUGCCAUUAGCCAAAAAGCUACAUUGUGCUUAGAAUCUACUACCUCCUUAGCUGCACAAAUGCUUGGUCCAUUCUGUCUGCAAAAUCUGCAUUUGUGCUUGCUAUUCAUCCAGCAGCAUCCAUGUGGCUCUCCGAUUGGAUUUCUGCAUUGUAGCCAAGCCUCCUGGUGUCAUGUAAAAGCACUGCUUCUUUGGGUGUAAAGGUCAUAGAGAGACUCCACUCUCCUUUAAGAUGUCUCUGUACUGCAUUUUGAGAGUAUGCAAGAGUCUGUGCAUAGCAGAAAGAUGAGAUCUUAGCCUGUGGAGAGAAUCACUUACAGUGGUGCCUUCACUUACAUUCUCUGAUCUCCGGGAUGUCUCUUCUUAACACUGGCUGAGUUUUACCUCCCAGUGGUCGCACCAGAUAGCUGCAAUGAGCAUGGAAGACAAGACUAAACAAUAGAUGUGUGAGAUAACUCUAUGACAGGUACGUCCAAAAGAUAGAGCAUGAUCUACUGGUAGAUCACUGGACGUCCGUGGUAGAUCACUGGUAGAUCACUGUCUCCCCCCCCCCCCAAAGAAGCUCCACAAGUUUGGUUCCCUUUUUUUUGCCCUCAUCUCUAAAAGCUCAUCAACUUGGACCUUAACCCCCCAAAAAGGGGGUAGAUCACUGCCAGUCUUUAAUUCUGUGAGUAGAUCACAGUCUCUUGGGAGUCGGCCGCCCCUGCUCUAUGAGAUAAAGCAGAGACCUUUCCUGGCACCAGUUUUCAUUUAGUUCCCACCUUGAAAAUCCACUGAGUUCUACUUGGGUGAGAUCAAUAUUACCAUCCAUGUUAACUUCCAUGAACCAGUGCUAACCAGCAGGUAAACUGGCACUCCUGAAAGCAUAGGUAGGUAUAAGCCUACACCAGACAUGGUCUCAGACAAAUUACUGCCUCCCAGCUUCAGCUCUCUAACUUUUAAGAGCGUAUCUAAAUCACAAACGGCUAAUUCUUAUGGUUUUCCCCAAAGAAACCUGGAAAUUGUAGCGAAUGAAAACAGUAACCUUAUACUUCUCACAGGCAUUGUAAAGCUAAGGGAGAAGAUGAACAUGGUUUGGUGCAACUUCCUAAGUGGUGGUGAAAUGCCGUGGGCUGGUUUUAACUGAAAGUUAAGAGGAGUAUGAUUGCAAUGAUGACAAAUGCAGUGGUUGAGAGGCCCCCACGACAGAAAGCAAACAAACCCCAGAAAUUUACGGAGGAAAUGGAUGAUUCAUGACUUUGUCGUUGUUGUUGUUGUAGGAGCCCAGCCCAAGAGUUCACCAUCUUUAUCUCCUUCAUCCCAGUUUCCCUACAAUCCUCUUGGACCUGAGCAACACAACAGGCACAGUGACUGCUUCAUCCAGUAAGUAUGCACGGGUGUAGGGAAAAAUAAACACACACACACACACACACACACACACACACACACACAGGUCCAAGUAGAUCAGGCAUCCCCAACCUGUGGCCCUCCAGAUGUUUUGGCUUACAACUCCCAUCAUCCCUAGCUAACAGGAUCAGGCGUCAGGGAUGAUGGGAAUUGUAGUCCUAAACACCUGGAGGGCCAAAGGUUGGGGAUGCCUGAAGUAGAGACUUAAUACCUUCCCAAUUUAUGGUGGGUAAUGGUGGUUCUGCUGUCUUCGUUUCUAGCUUGCUCAUGGGGCUUAAGUUAAAAAUUGUUCUGUGUAUGCCUACAACUUGGCUGAUAGCCUAAUAAUAAUAAUAAUUUAUUAUUUCUACCCCACCCAUCUGGGUGGCUCCAGCCACUCUGAGAAAAGUGGGUUGUGUAAUUUCCCCCUGUCAUCUAAGGCAGGGUGAGAAACCUCAGGCACUAGGGCUGAAUGCAGCCCUCCAGACCUCUCGGUCUGACCCUUGCAACUCUUCCUAGAGCCAUGCCCCUUUCCCAAGCCACACCUUCUCUCUCUUGGCCACACCCCUCACCAGCCCUAUGCCACACUCUCAGGGAGUGCUUUUGCCUGGAUGGAAUAUGUCCUCUUGCUUGCCUAGGUGGAGGAUGGUGGGGCGUGUGUGUGUGUAAACCUCUGGUUUUUGUGUGGCAGAAAACAGCCUGUUGUAUAAAGAUAAAAGUCCUAUCCAUUGCUCCCCUUUUGCCCCUGGUCCACCUGCCACUGACAUGCGGCUGGUUUUCUAAUUUUUAUAUUGCACUUGUAACUUGCCACUUGUAACCGUGUUCGCUAGAGCCAGAAAUGCUGGUUGCGGCUGCAAUCUUCAUAUCAGGUUCUGCAGAGACAUUUGUAUUCAUUGCAGAGCUCCACACCGCAGAGCACUGUGAUUGGAUUUUUUUUCUAUAAGUAGAAGCCAAGCCCCUGCACAGUUAGAAAUAGCCAGUGGAAGUUAGCCUGGUCAUCUGAUCUGAAUGCAGUUAAUUGCUUAAUUUGUGAGCACACCCCAGUGUUUCCUUUUCCCUUUGCAUCUGCCAGUUGGAAUCAAUGAUCUUCAAAAAGACGCAUUUUAUAUCACCGUGACCACAAGCCCCACCUCUGAGCACCAGCCAGGGUUUCUGUCGGUCAGUAAACUCCGCCUGAGGUGGGCCCUGAUGACGCAGAGCCGAGAGGUACCCCUGAAGGAGAGUGACCCCAAAAUCAACCGCGGGGAAUUGAGGCGAUUUCUCUCCAGGAUCAAAUUCACUGAUUUUGCUCACAAGGUGAGAUGUUUUGAAGAGGUCUUUGGUAAAGAUGUGCACGUGAGAGGGAGGAGAAUCGAAAGGGCUGCCCUUUUGCAAAGAAAGCGAAUAGCAAUGUCUGAUGGGCCUGCUUGCUUCUUUCCGAAAUGAAAUGAUUCCCACAACUGAUUCUUUUUUCCCUGGUUGCACAAAUCACAGCUAGAUUCAAGGCUACAUAUGAGGCUAAUGCUAGUGACUGAUGCCAAACCCCGAUGUAGAGAGAUGCUGGGCACACUCCCCCCUUGCAUGCCCCCCCCCAUGCAGAUUCUGAGUCAUAAGCCUUUGUGUGCUUGCUCAAGCCUGACUCAGCUUGGUGCAAAGUGAGAGGAGGUCCUGCCCCCCCCCCAACACACUGUUGCUGUUCUAAUUGAUUUGACUGUGCCUCACUUAAAGCCUAAGGCCCUGCAGAAACCUGCAGGCAGCCUCGCUGCACCCGACUGACACCCAUUUUCUCCCUCUCUCCCCAGUUCUAGCCAUUUGCUUCCUCGGGCUUUCUGAGCAACGUGACAAAACCGUGGGCCGCGAUAUCAGCAGGCCAAGGUGGUUAGCCAGACUUUGUGAUGCAUUCAGUGCGUUAAGGAAGGAGCCUGAAAGACUAGCUGCUACUCACCCUUGUGAAUGGCCACCUAAUGCUGGGAGGCUGGACUGGCGGUGACCCUCUGGCAUCCUGACUUGAUGGAAUACUGCUUGACCUGUUUGUUGCUGCUCCCUGCCUACAUCUUUCCUUCUGGGUAGAUUGAACAUACAAAUUUAUGCAGAGACACUAGAGUGUGUGUUUGUGUAUAUAUAUGUGUGUGUAUAUAUUUAUAUAUUGUAUUUUUAAUUUAUGAAGUGUUUCAGGAAGCUCCUACUUUAUCUUAAAUGCAUAGCAACGUACUCUGCAUAGUGUGGCCUUGGCUCAUAACUUUCAUUCUUUGGGUUCUUUCAGUUCUUCCUUCUCUUUUGUUUUAGGACUGGGCAAAGAUGACCCAUGGCUCUCAAAGAUGGAGUUCAGCUCCCAUCAGCUCCAGCCAGAGUGGUCAGGGAUGUUAGGAGCUGUAGUCCAACAAGAUCUGGAGGGUGUUGGGUUAUGGUCAUUGCUGUGUCCCGUUCAGUUCUUCCUCUCUCCACCCCACAUCUCCCAAACCUGAGAGGCAUUGUGCCCUUUAGUGCUGAACGAUUGCAUACACUCCUACCUUUUGGUCAGAGCCAGGCUGGGUUUGGUGCUGUUUAACUAAAAGUCUGUGUCCCAUUCUCAAAUCUCCCUUUUUCUGAACCAUGCUGGGAUCACCUGUUCGAGGGUCUACCGUAGUUUCGUAUAACCAAAAGAUAACAAAGCUUCCAUUGCAGUGCUCAUGUAGAUUUUCUGUAGUGGCACACAAGCAAUGCCUGAAACAUUCCAUGGGCUUGCAAUGUCCUAUACUUACUGCAACCCUACUAAGAGUGGUCUCUUUUCAAGAAGGGUUCCAACAUCUGCACAAAGAUGUACGAUUAGCAUUGAGCUCUGCCUCUGGCAAAAACAGGCCAGCAGGUGUUGUGACCAAGUCACUAGGAAUACCCAGUUAUGAUGUUUAUGUUUAGAAGCUAUUGUUGGCUAGAGUAUACAUAGAGCAUCCUAUGGGAGCAUCUCUUACCUAGCAGAGGGAUGUAUGUAAUAUACAUUCUCCACCCUAUGGAACAGGAGUUUGUUUAGAUAGGCUUAUCUUUACUUUGUCAACUGGAUUGUGUCCAAAACGCAAUUUUCUCCUGAAUGUGUUUAGUCUGCCCAGUAUUCUGAUUGCAGGAGAACCUCAGGCUGUGUUGUUAUAGGCAACUCUGUGAUUCAUCUUUGUAUGUGGGAAAACCAACUAUGUUCCUGGAGCAAUGCACAAAAGCUCUGAAACAGCUUCUUCAUUAACACUCCCUUCCCUGUGUUAAAGUUGUCUAAGAUAUUCCUCUUUUCUAGCUGGGAAUAAAAAGCCUGUUCAGAUUUCCUCUCUUUUUGCCUGUUGGCAAAAAUGGUUUGUUUUACAUGGCACAAGGCUCCUUCACUCUUUCAGCCAUAUCCCAUAAUUCAGUUAUUUUCUUCAGCCGUGAAAUUAAUUAGACCAGGAGCAGUCUGCAAUCUGAUGUACUUGACUGUUGCUCUGCUGGCUGCUUUUGCACUGGGAGAUGCAGCUGCAAAUAGGAGGUAGCAAAUCAGAGUGAGCAAGCUUUCACAUCCUUGUUGUAAAGUUUCCCUUCCCUCCACUAUAUUUUCCUAAUGAUUAAACCACUGAUGCUGGAUCAGGACUAGUGCUGUGGUAGCAGUGAGGGAGAAGCCACUCUUGUUGGCUCCACACAAAUUACAACCUGUACAUAGCCAUAUUGCAUCUCUUGUAAAUGUCUCUUCUUCCUUAGCUUUCAUCAUGAUACCAAUCGGAGGCAGGGCCUCAUUCCACCUUUCCCCUUUUAAUCCCCGAGCUUUUGAAGAGUUUGUAUAAGUAGAAUAGGAGUCUGAGUCUAUACUUUUCUAAAUACUAGCACAGCGCAUAGCACUUGUCUUCCCCCUGCCGUCUCCUAGGCGUGGCCCUUGCUUAGAAAUAAAGGUAAUCGCUCAAGGCAUACAAAUUGGUUCUAGAGUUUCCUCAGUAGGUAGAACUCCCAUGCUCCUCAGCCCUAGCUGGCAAAUGUUGCAACACCCCUACUUGAAAUGGUACAUGCCCUCCAUUGCGUCCUUUAAUGCACCCACUUGGUUUGUAUUGCUUGGUGACACUGGGCCUUCCAUAAUGUGAAUUUUCCCCCCUCCACGUCUUGUGUGCACUUUAAAUAACAAUCUUGUCUGUAUAUUAUUUGAACUGUGAACCAUGAUGGGAUAAAUAAAAAUCAUGUACAGCACA